GUCAACUGAAUUUUCAAUGUCUGCCGGCAAGAAUAUUUCUAUAUUCACAGAUCUAAGAAAUAUCACUUUCGAAUUUUGCUAUCUACUAAAUAAGGAAUGGAGUCUAUUAUAUUUGACAAAAUGUAUCACAGGCAGUACACUUGGAGUAUUUUCAGCUUAUAUAUUUCCUAUAUUCGCUAUCAUAGCCCUAAUAACUAAUUCAGUAUUUAUUUAUGUAUUUUUCAAGAAAAGAUCAAUUAUGCCAAGGCAUAUGAUAUACAUGUUAUGUGUUUUAAUAUCGAGUGGAUUGACUGAUUUUAUUAUCGGCUGGUUAUGGCUAUUUCCAAGUAGAGGAUUACCAUAUGCAACAAAAGGUAAAAUAUACUUUUCAGUGAUUUCUUUAUCAUCAGCUUCAUGUAAACUCUAUAGACUUUUGCAUUCAUUUACUUCUACAUCAAUUGUUAAUCUUCUUGUUCUAUCUGCAGUGGAUCGAUGUUUAGCAAUUAAAGCGCCUAUAAAGUUUUCAAAAGUACAGUCACAUCAUGCUUGGUGGGCUUGUGGUAUAAUAUAUGCGGUCAGUUUUUUAAUGAUGUUACCAUUUGGAAUUCUUGUUAAAUGGAAUCGUAAAAAAGAUGAACACUUUUGUUGGAUUAGACAACCAGAUAAAGUUCUGCAUAUUUAUCAUACAUUAUUUUCCAAUUUUGGACCAACACAAACCGUCAUCUUGUUAUUUUUAAAUUUAACAUUCCUAUUAUGUACUCGAAAGUAUUUGAGAAAUCGAUUUCUUCAGCACUGCACAAAUAAUACGAGAACAAUGAGUCGUAGAGAGAUGCGAAUCUGUUUAUUAAAUCUAAUUCUAUCCUCAUGUUACAUUGCUAUCUCAUUACCACAAGCUAUAUGUCUUGUAUUGGCCAGAAUACCAUUACCCAGUAUGACAGCAAUUCAUAGUGGGAUAGCAUAUGAUAUAGCCCAUUUAAUGUGGUCUUUGAAUUCAGUAAGGGAAAUUGUGGAUUUUAUCAUCUAUGCUAUUUAUUUUAAACCGUUAACCGAAUUAUUGCUUCAAUGUUAUUCGAAUAUCACAUUUUUAUUUUACAGACGUUUGAAACGUCUUACUACUUUUACUACUACUAAUACUACUGAUAAUAAUAAUAAUAAUAAUAAUAAUAAUAAUAAUAAUGAUAAUAAUAAUGGUAAAAAUAACACCAUCGUUCAUGUUGUCAACAAUUCAAUGUAAACUAAUUAUACAACAAUUUUAGAUAUGAUUUUUGUGUUCGGUAAAUGUAAGAGAUUAUUUAUUGAUUAUUUUUGUACCCUUUCAUCUUUUAUUUUCUUUACAUUUCUCAUUUCAAAUCAUUUCUCAUAGUAUUAUUUUGAUUAGAGUAAAUAGAUU